UUAGAGAGUUAACGUUUUAAAUAAAUUUUAUCUUUUAUUUAGCUUACGUAAAUAUUAUCUAUAACACUUUAUACAAUAAACGUAUGUAGUUUUAAAGUUAUUAAAAAUGUCAGAAAAAAAAGUAAUCAAAAUUGGUACACAUGAUGGUACCUUCCAUUGUGAUGAAGCGCUUGCUAUUUUUUUAUUAAAACUUUUACCAAAGUAUAAAGAUGCAGUUAUUGUAAGAUCACGCGAUCAGAACGUUUUAGAUACUUGUGAUGUUGUUGUAGACGUUGGUAAAAUAUAUGAUCAUUCCAUUUGUCGAUAUGAUCAUCAUAUGAGAGAUUUUAAUGAAUCAUUAAGUACUGUUUUAAAAGACCCUACUUGCGAAUGUCCAAUAAAAUUAAGCAGUGCAGGAUUAAUUUAUUGUCAUUAUGGUUAUGAAAUAAUACAACAUUUGGCUCCUGCAAAUACGAGCUUGAAACUUAUUAAAGCAGUAUUUAAAAAUGUGUAUUUUAAGUUAAUUCGAGAAAUUGAUGCUAUAGAUAAUGGAGUACCAAUGACCAAAGAAGAACCUGCUUAUAACAUAUCAACUGGAAUAUCUUCAAGAGUAGGUAGAUUAAAUCCUGCUUGGAACAGUAAUACAGUAAAUAUCGAUGAACAAUUUCAAAAAGCUAUUGAAUUAGUUGGUGAAGAAUUUAUGCACGCUGUAAACGAAUGUAUAUAUAUAUGGUUGCCAGCAAGACAUAUUGUAAAGGAUGCUUUAAAAAAUCGUUAUGAGGUCUACAAAAGCGGAGAGAUUAUAUUACUAGAAACACAUGCACCGUGGCAGUACCAUUUAGCACAGUUAGAAAAAGAAUAUAAUAUAAAACCUCUUAUAAAAUAUGUUAUUUUUAAGGAUGUUUCUGGUGAAUGUAGGGUUAGAGCGGUUUCUGUAAGACCAUCAAGUUUUGAACCCAGGCUUUGUUUACCAGAAAAGUGGGGAGGUUUAAGAGAAACGGAACUUGAUAAAGUCAGUGGAAUUGAUGGUUGCAUUUUUGUUCAUACGACUCGUUUCAUUGGAGGUAAUAAAACUAUGGAAGGUGCAUUAAAAAUGGCAAUUAAAUCAUUAGAGAUGGGAAAUAUAUAAUAGAAUCAGGUACCAUUUGAAAAUUUUGUAUUUUACAAAUUCUUCAUUUCGAUAAUAAUUGUAUUAACAAUUAUCGAAAGAUUUUUUACUCAUAUGAUUAAUGGUUUCGUUGUUGUUGAAAGAUUAAAGCUACAAAUUGAGAGAAUACGUUUGUUUCUCUCCGACGUUUUAAAACAUUACAAUUUAUAUAAUAAACGAAUUUUUUAUUCAUACACGAAAUAGUAAUGUUAUGAUAUGGAUGUGUAAUAACAGAAUUGAAACAUAUUUUUAUAUAGUAUGAUUACGUGACAUAAAUUAUUCAACGUGGCUGGUAUUCGUCAGCUGAAUUUUCAAAUAUAACAUCGAAAGAUACUUCAAUGAAAUAUAAGUUACUAGAAUAAGGA